GGUUAGGGUUUGAACGUCAUCUUCAGACGUAUAUAAAUCCCCCUUUUCUCUCACACUUGUACUGUAUACCAUACGCUCUCUCGCUCACACAUUCACUGAAGUCGAACAUCAAGAGAGAGAGCAACAUGGCCGAACAAACCUUCAUCAUGAUCAAGCCUGAUGGUGUUCAAAGAGGCCUCAUUGGUGAGAUUAUUAGCAGAUUUGAGAAGAAGGGUUUCUACUUGAAAGGUCUGAAACUGAUUACUGUGGAUCGUCCUUUUGCGGAGAAGCACUAUGCUGACUUGUCUGCAAAGCCUUUCUUUAAUGGAUUGGUGGAAUACAUAAUCUCUGGCCCUGUUGUUGCCAUGGUUUGGGAGGGUAAGAAUGUUGUCACCACUGGCCGAAAGAUUAUUGGAGCCACAAACCCAGCUCAAUCUGAGCCUGGAACUAUUCGUGGUGAUUUUGCUAUUGACAUUGGAAGGAAUGUUAUCCAUGGAAGUGAUUCUGUAGAAAGUGCCAACAAGGAAAUUGCAUUGUGGUUCCCUGAGGGCCCUGUUACCUGGCGAAGCAGCCAACACUCUUGGAUCUAUGAGUAAAGACAAGUUCUUCGGGUUCAUCAUCAAGUUGCCUUAGGUUCAUCAAUAGUCUCUACUCGUUGUGUUAGUCCAUUUGCUGGACCUUAAUUAGCGUUUGGUACUGUGGUUUGCAUGUCAAGUUUACUUAAUCUUUCUGUUCAAACUUGUUCAGUCUCAUAAAUCAAAUCCCAAACUAGUUUUGCUUUGCUUAAUUGUUCGAUAAUGCUUUUGCUUAUGAGCCAUUGAUGAGAAUCCAGAUAAAUUAUAACCUCCCAUUCUUAUAACAAUU